AUGUCCAACAACACGUUCAGAACAGUCUGCUGUUUCGUGGUUCACAAGCGUUGCCAUGAGUUCGUCACUUUCUCCUGUCCAGGCGCUGAUAAAGGACCGGCCUCAGAUGAUCCGAGGGCAAAGCACAAGUUUAAGAUCCAUACCUACUCCAGCCCCACCUUCUGUGACCACUGUGGCUCUUUACUGUACGGCCUCAUACACCAGGGCAUGAGAUGUGACCACUGUAUGAUGAACAUCCACAAGCGUUGUGUGGCCAACGUGCCGAGCCUGUGUGGGACAGAUCACACGGAGAGAAGGGGUCGCCUCCAGAUCAGCGCUGAUGUCAAGACUAAUGUUCUCACUGUCACCAUUAAAGAGGGGAGGAAUCUUGUUCCCAUGGACCCCAACGGUCUGUCGGACCCCUACGUGAAGCUUAAACUGAUCCCAGAUCCCCGCAGCGAGAGCAAACAGAAGACCAAGACCAUAAAGUGCUGCCUCAACCCGACAUGGAACGAAACUUUCAAAUUCCACCUGAAGGAGUACGAUAAGGACCGCCGCCUGUCCGUGGAGGUGUGGGACUGGGACCUGACCAGCCGCAAUGACUUCAUGGGAUCGUUGUCCUUCGGCAUCUCAGAGCUCCAGAAACAAGGGGUGGACGGCUGGUUUAAGCUGCUCUCUCAGGAAGAAGGCGAGUACUUCAAUGUCCCCGUCGCUCCAGAAGGGGAGGAGGGCAACGAGGAGCUACGGCAGAAAUUCGAGAGGGCUAAAAUCGCAGUGGGCAAGAACACAGAAGGCAAGUCGGCCAAUGCUGCUUCCCGGUUUGACUCCAAUGGCAACCAGGAUCGCAUUCGACUGUCUGAUUUCAACUUCCUGAUGGUGCUGGGAAAGGGCAGCUUCGGCAAGGUGAUGCUGGCAGAGCGUAAAGGGACGGAGGAGCUGUACGCCAUAAAGGUCCUGAAGAAAGACGUGGUGAUCCAGGACGAUGACGUAGAGUGCACCAUGGUGGAGAAGAGAGUGUUAGCUUUGGCUGGAAAGCCCCCGUUCUUAACACAGCUGCACUCCACCUUUCAGACGAUGGACCGCUUGUAUUUUGUGAUGGAGUACAUUAACGGUGGGGAUCUCAUGUAUCAGAUCCAGCAGGUUGGAAAGUUUAAAGAGCCCCACGCUGUAUUCUAUGCUGCUGAGAUAGCCAUUGGUCUGUUUUUCCUGCAUCAAAAGGGCAUCAUCUACAGGGACCUGAAGCUGGACAAUGUAAUGCUGGACUGUGAAGGUCACAUUAAGAUAGCAGACUUUGGAAUGUGUAAAGAAAAUAUGAACGAUGGAAUCACCACCAAGACCUUCUGUGGCACGCCAGAUUACAUCGCUCCCGAGAUCAUAGCCUACCAACCUUAUGGGAAGUCUGUGGACUGGUGGGCCUUUGGAGUGCUGCUCUAUGAGAUGUUGGCUGGACAGCCUCCAUUUGAUGGUGAGGACGAGGAUGAGCUGUUUCAGUCCAUCAUGGAGCAUCAUGUCUCCUAUCCAAAGUCGAUGUCCAAAGAGGCUGUCGCUAUCUGUAAAGGACUGAUGACGAAGCAUCCAGCGAAACGGCUGGGCUGCGCUCCAGAGGGGGAGCGGGACAUCCGGGACCACAGCUUCUUCCGCUACAUGGACUGGGAGAAACUGGAGAACAAGGAGGUGCAGCCGCCUUUCAAACCCAGAGCUUGCGGACGGGAGGCCGAGAACUUUGACCGUUUUUUCACGCGCCACCCGCCAGUGCUGACCCCCCCAGAUGAGGAAGUGAUUCAGAACUUGGACCAAGACGAGUUCCAGGGAUUCUCCUUUAUCAACCCAGAGUUCCCGGGAAGCGUUCCCGCCGCUGCCGCAGAGCAGGCUUGA